UCAUGGGCAAAGGAGGAGCAUUAAGCGAAGGCGUGUUAAAGAACAUCAUCCUUUCUUACACAUACGUUGCCAUAUGGAUCUUCCUAAGUUUCACCGUAAUUGUCUACAACAAAUUCAUCCUAGACCGUAAAAUGUACAAUUGGCCAUUUCCGAUCUCACUCACCAUGAUUCACAUGGGUUUUUGUUCUUCAUUAGCUUACAUUCUUGUCACCAUUCUUCAAGUUGUUGAACCGGUCCAAAUGACACGCGAUGUUUAUCUAAAAUCCGUCGUACCUAUUGGUUUGCUUUACUCCAUUAGCUUAUGGCUUUCAAAUUCCGCUUAUAUCUAUUUAUCAGUUUCUUUUAUUCAAAUGCUAAAAGCCUUAAUGCCCGUUGCGGUUUACUCUAUUGGUGUUCUGUUUAAAAAAGAACCUUUUAAAUCACAAACCAUGAGUAAUAUGUUGUCCAUUUCUUUUGGUGUCGCGAUUGCUGCUUAUGGUGAAGCAAAAUUUAAUGCGUGGGGUGUUAUGUUACAACUUGGUGCGGUUGUUUUUGAGGCGACACGUUUGGUUUUGAUUCAAAUCUUGAUGACAUCUAAAGGAAUUACAUUUAACCCGAUAACAUCUCUAUAUUACGUUGCACCUUGUUGUUUGGUUUUCUUGUCGGUCCCUUGGAUGGUUGUUGAGCUUCCUGUAUUAAGAGAAACAUCUAGUUUCCAAUUUGAUUUUGUGGUGUUUGGGACAAAUUCAUUUUGCGCUUUUGCAUUAAAUCUUGCGGUGUUUUUGCUUGUUGGAAAGACGUCUGCUUUGACUAUGAACGUUGCAGGGGUCGUUAAAGAUUGGUUGUUGAUCGCGUUCUCUUGGUCCGUGAUUAAGAAUACGGUGACACUGAUUAAUUUAUUUGGUUAUGGGAUCGCAUUCUUGGGUGUUGCUUAUUAUAAUCAUGCAAAGUUGCAAGCACUUAAGGCUAAAGAUGCAGAAAAUAAGCCUGUUGAGGAGGUUGGAAAGCUUUUGGAAGAAAGUAGAGAAUUAGAUGGAUCAAGGAAAAAUGAGUCAAGUGGUUAGAUUAAUUUGAUGCAUAAAUUUUCAUAUAUGUUACGAUUUUGUUUUGUUCAAUUUCGUUUUGAGUUUAGAAAUUAUGCAUAUGUGAACGAUGAACUUCGAUUCAAUUCGUGUUU